ACUGGCACCUCCCCUCCCAAGCGCCACUGGCACGGCGAAGUGGGCGCGCGCCAUGAGCAUCAGAAUGUGUGGAUGAACGGCGGCGUGCGGUCGCCUGCAGGCCCAGCGCCGUGGUCAGGCUGGGACGCUGAGCGGAAGCGUCGGGCAUCAGAAGCAUCGACCAAAUCAACUAGCAGCGCAUCGUCGAACAAUACGCGCAAGUUCGACAAGCUGCAGACGCAGAAGAGAGAAAGCGUCUCGGACGCUGGGUCUGCCGAGAGAAGGAGGAGUUUUGCGGAGAUGUUGCCCGAAAAGGGGUUUUUUGGGAGGAUGUGGCAUGGGUAUACUGGGGGUUCGCAG